AGUCAAUGUCAUCCGAACGAGCCAUCCUGGAUUCCAUGUGGAUUCGACGUGCUCUGAUUCCUUAUAUCAUUCGAGCACGAGAUAGUCAUAUAUUUUGGAGCUACUCAAUUGCCGCUGCGGGGGGAGAUAUCGACCCUGAAGGCCUGAUAAUUGACUUCAUUGUCACGUUAUGUACCGAGUCCAUAAGCUUCGUACACGGCGUCUCAUUGCGCUCUGCGCUAGCCUCAGAGUUUCGGCUUUGUUUCAACACCAAUCUGCGCCUCCUGACCGCAGCUACGACGUGGGUGGCAUAACCCUAACGGCGCCCUUCUUAACGAUAUCUCGGCUGUCCUUCUCAUUAUAUCCUACAGCUCACCCUCACUUAUCGUAUGUGCGGACUAUCAAUGGCUGCCUACACUGGCGGAGAAUGUUUCCAUCGCAGGGAUUCCUCUCCUUAUUCUGGACGUCACACUCUUCCUCCAUCGGAGUCCAGGUGAUGAUCGCUGUGUCAGCGAUGCGGGCUGUCAAAAUAUUGACAUGGAGCUCCUCACCUUUCGACUUGACCGCCGCACUCGUCCACCACACGCAAUUGACCCCUGCUACUUUCCUGUGCAUGCGUCGUGUGUCUGACCUAGACACGGAUGGAUGUCCAACAAAGCCAACAGAGACACGGCCCUCGACAUGCGCACCCUAGCAUUCGGAAAGUUGACAUUUCUCUUUGGGUGAUCGUUGCAGCAUGCGCUGGAUGGGCCGCACUCGUCAUGUAUAUCUGGGACCACUUCCACAUCUCGUAUUUUUCCUCUAAUCCGCUAACUACAAACGUGGCCAGUCCUUCAGAACGGGCAGUGGAAUUACAUCACGUAUCAUAUGCCAAGUGUCGCUCUUGAGAGGUGGAUUCUGCUCUUUGUCAACAUUGCAGUCGUUCAGGGACCAUUGGCGCUUGGGCUGCAUUGCUA